UUAUAAUUAACGAAAGGAAUUAUAUUAUUUUUAAAAUGUUUAUAUGUAUAUAAACCAUGCAUAAUGUGUGAAAGUAGAGGUACAAAACAACUGUCAUUUUGAAACAAUAUUGCCUUCUAAACAUGGCGUUGACUUAUCGAGCAAAAGUUGUUAAAUAUGUCCUGUUAUGUUUGAAUAGCUUUCUUUUCUUUCUAGGUUUGUCUGGCAUUGUUACCUGUUAUUGUACCAAUCGCAAUAAAGAAGUGGUCUUUGAAAAUAUAAACAAAUUAAAUCCAACUGAUAACCAAUUUCGCGACUACAGAUUAACAGCUAGUGCUUAUCUUCUGGUUUCUUCUACUUUGAUAAUGCUAACUUUGACUAUCUUGGGCUAUUGUGGAACGCUGAAGGAACUCAAGUUCUUGCUUGUUGUCUAUGUUUUCUCCAUGGCAUUUAUUUUGGCAAUUGAGUUAUCUGCUUUCCUGUUAAAUGUCAUCACUAUGUCAACAAUCGAAUAUUCCAUGAAAGACACUUUGGAAAACAUAAUAAAAAAUGCUACGCUGAAUAAUACUUUGAAAGAGCAAAUUAAAAUGUUCCAGAACUUAACAAAAUGUUGUGCCAUUAGUCACAGAGAUAAGGAAGUGAAUUCUACCGCAAAAUGCGACCUCUAUACACAAGACUGUUACGAAAAAAUUUCGUACAUCUUAACUGAAAAUGACGCAGUUGUUUCAACUUUUUCUUUCAUAAUUUUUACCAUUCAAUGUGUUCUAAUGAUAUUAGCUUAUGUUUUUAUAAGUUCAAUAAGCAUUCACCAACAACAUUAAAACAGCAUUCAAAGUGUGUUUGCGGGGGUUUCCCCGGUCAUUAUGUCUAAAUUCGAUUAACACAUAAUAGGAUUCUUCUUCAAAGCGUACCUCUUAAGAUAUAAUUGUCUUUGUACUAUAAAAUUCUUAAGUUUUUCCAUUAAAUGGCUACGAUUUG